UCUGGAUUCUUUAGGAAGCGUAAAGAGGUUUGUUUAUGCAGCACUACUUUUGUGUACAUCCGACAACUACUACCACGAACUACGAAAGCGAUUUAUUUGUUUAUUUUACAAUUUUUCGGAAAAUUAGCUUCUACCGGUUUUCAAAAAUCUACUUUUAAAGUUUCAGACUGAAUCCCGAGGAGUUGUUUCCCGUUUCGGAGGAGAACGGCGGCGCAUUCGUUGGGACUAUUUUCUCUUGGAUGGCGGUGGUGCGGCUUUCUCUCCCCCUCGCCUGUGCUAGGCCGCCAUCUUGAAUUUUAAUGUUAAUUUCUAAAAAAAAAAAAUGUGUUUCCUGUGAUAUUUUCGUUUAGGGUUGUCGUGCCAAAUUUGGAUUAGUUUGAGGACCGCGGCUUUGUUUCGUGACUGUUGUGGAAAAAUAACCUUUGUUUCAAACUACAGAUCCCAGUCUUCCCCACUCAAGAGCGUUUCCUCACCUCGGAGACUAAAUGCAACGGGACCAGGGGGCUUGUGGGAAUGAAGUGGCUGGGCGAAUCCAAGAACAUGGUAUUAAAUGGCAGACGACACGGCAACAAGUUGACCAGCGAGCAGCAGCAUCCGCAGAGGACGUCGCUGCGCCACAACAAGAGCCACGUCAGGAACCACGCCAGGAACCGGAGAUGUAGCCGCAGGUUUAAUGCCACCCUGGAGGCUGAGAGACGAUACGUUCCCUCCUCGGGAAUGACGGCCAAGGAGCUUUGUGAGAACGAUGACCUGACCACCAGCCUCAUCCUGGACCCGUACCUGGGCUUCCAGACUCACAAGAUGAACACCAGGUUUCGACCAAUCAAAGGACGGCAGGAGGAGCUGAAGGACGUCAUCGAGCGCUUCAAGAAACACGACAACUUGGAGAAGGCGUUCAGAGCGCUGACGUCCGGAGACUGGUCCCGAAACCUGUUUCUCCACAAGACCAAAGCUCAGGAGAAACUCUUCAAGCAGCAUGUGUUUGUUUACCUGCGGAUGUUUGCCACCGACAGCGGCUUCGAGAUUCUUCCCUGUAACCGUUACUCAUCAGAGCAGAACGGGGCCAAGAUCGUGGCGACGAAGGAGUGGAAGAGGAACGAUAAGAUCGAGUACCUGGUUGGAUGCAUCGCUGAGCUCUCGGAGAGUGAGGAGAACAUGCUGCUCCGACACGGAGAGAACGACUUCAGCGUCAUGUACUCGACCCGGAAGAACUGCGCUCAGCUGUGGCUGGGCCCGGCCGCCUUCAUCAAUCACGAUUGUCGACCGAACUGCAAGUUCGUGUCGACGGGACGGGACACGGCCUGUGUGAAGGUUCUGAGGGACAUCGAACCCGGGGAGGAGAUCUCCUGUUACUACGGAGACGGGUUCUUUGGGGAAAACAAUGAAUAUUGUGAAUGUUACACGUGUGAAAGACGAGGUACCGGAGCCUUUAAGUCCAAAGCCGGGCUGCCGGUGGAGGUGCCGGUGAUCAACAGCAAGUACGGGUUGAGGGAGACGGACAAACGUCUCAAUCGGCUGAAGAAGCUCGGAGAAGGAAACCGGAGCUCGGACAGUCACUCGGUCGGCUCCCACACAGACGUAGACUCUCAGGAAAUGCCAAAAACACAUCAGUCUGCCAGAAAAAGAUCAUCGUCGUCGUCGUCUUCUGGCCUGAAGUAUAAAAACAGGACUCAAACCAGACAGACUUUGUCCAGAGCCCUUUCUACCUCAUGUUCCAAACAAGGUCGCGUAAACAAUAACAGGGUACCAAAGAGACUGAAAUCCCAAUCCAAGCCUUCACUCAGUAAAGUCCAGUUGCGCAGUCGGAGGAGGGCGGUGGUGGAGUCCAAGGCGUCGGCCAAAGGGGAGACGUGUCAGCUGGGCCUCAGGGACUCCAAGGUGUCGCUGUGCAAAGGCGUCACGGUGAAGAAGGAGAAGGACGGGGCGGAGUCGGUGCAGCCGCCUCCUCCGGGCCAGCGGGGGUGUCUGACCCGGCACGCCGCCAAGGAGAACGGGAACCUGGCGGCGUCUCAGAGCGGCGAGGGCCAGUGCUCCACGUACAGAACUCGCAGGUCCACAAGGACGCUGGUCAAAACGCAGGAAACGCCCGGCGGCGUUAAGCUGGAGCCCAGCGCCAUGGACGGCCUGAGCCCCGUCCCCGGGGGGGUGGUGAUUAAGACGGAGCCGGCGGACAUGGAGGAGUACCUCCACCACGGGGUGGGCCUGGAGCCGCCGCCGCCGCUGGACGCCGGCUACGGCCGCAGGAGCUCCCGGACCCGGCGGAAACGGCCGGCGCGGCUCAGGACCGAGCGGACGAUUAAGUGCGAGGACUCGUGCGGCGAGUCGUUCGGACACGCCCCCAGCUUCUCGGACUGCGGCAACGUGCUGCUGAGCUUCGCCGACGGGCACCGGGACUAUAACGGCGUCGCCAACGGCAGCAAGGCCCUGCGCCGGGACAAGGCCAAGAACGUGUGCCGGUCGCAGGACAAGGGCAAGAAGAAGCGGCGCAUCACCAGAUAUGACGCUCAGCUGAUCCUGGAGAACAACACGGGCAUCCCCAAACUGACGCUCCGCCGGCGGAGGGACAGCAGCAGCAGCAAAACCAACGACCCCCACGACCCCGUCGGCUCCUCCCACCUCCCCCCCGCCGCCUCCGCCGUCAACCCCGCCUCCUCCAGCAAAAUCAGCAUCAAGUUCAGCAAGGACCACGACAAGGACAAGGGCAGCUCCUACAUCGCCAAGCUCAACAACGGCUUCGCCCCCGUCGUCCACGGCAACGCCACCAAGCUGAAGAUCCAGCUGAAGAGGGAGGACGACGCCCGCAGGACGUCCCAGAACAACCAGGUGUCCUACAACGGGGACAUGGGACCGAGUCUGGACGCCCGGAACGGCGGACACCGGAGCCAGAAGGUGGCGGCGGACCCGUCGUCCGACGAGGACGAGGACGAGGACGGGGACGAGGACGAGGACGAGGAGGACGACUACUUCGACAAUGACUUUGAGGACGACUUCAUUCCACUUCCUCCGGCGAAGAGGUUGCGACUCAUCGUGGGUAAAGACUCGAUAGACAUCGAUAUCUCCUCCAGGAGGAGAGAGGAUCAGUCUCUGAGGCUCAAUGCAUAAGCUGUGGACCUUCCCCUGUAAAUAAACACCACCCACUAAUCAGCUGUUGUGUUGAUGUAAAAGAAGUUAAUUUAAAACAAGAGAAACUAAGAAUCUGAAUGAACGAUACUAGAGGGACGAGAGGCGUCGGCCUGAAACAAAGCGUCGGCCGUUUGUUUCAGGCUGAACUCUUCCUUUGGGUGAAUGCACUUGUUCUCUGGAUGAUGGACAUGGAUAUUGUAGAAAGUGUACAGUUCUGUCCCCUCUGUCUCACAGGCAGGUUUUUAUCCAACCUUUCUUUUUUGUCUUGUAUGUUUUUGUGUGAGUUGGGUCUGGAGGCAGCAGCGUCGGUCGGUCGGUCGGUCGGUGCCAUGUUCUCAUUACGGCAGCAGCUUCACCUCCUGAAUCAUUAAUCAUGUACACAAACCUCAUUUUAAAGGUUUUUUUAUUUUUUACAGAAGAAGAGAAAACGUUUGGGGUGAUGAUGAAUAGAUUGACAGCUCCUCCGUUUACUUUCAGUUCAAUGUUCAAUUUUAUGAACGUCCGUAAUUAACACAUGAGAUUAUGACAUUUACAACCUGAAAAGGUUUUUUAAAAAUCAAUCAACUCACUUCACUUCAAUUCUGAUUUUUUUUUUUUCUCUGAAUUUGGAACAAAAGUCAGAAAACUUGAGAAAACAUUUGUAGAAAUGUCCUGACUUCACUAAAAGAGGCGUCACAGGAUGAGUCUCUGCCUUUUUAUUUAUUUAUUCCUUCUGAGUUCAACUUCAGUAAAAAUGAAAUGAUUUGAACACGUGUCUGUUUUAUAUCAUCUGAAAAUGUUUAAAAUGUCCUGAGUUCUCUAAAGAAACACGGAUCAGUUCUUCAGGACCAAGAGAAACAUUAAGAACCUGGAAAUGUUUGUGAAAUCGUCCUGAAUUCACUUCAAAUCUAAUCAAAGUUAAUGAACACGUGUGUGGAAGAGGAAUAAACCUGGUGGGUUAGAUUUUAAAGGACAUUUAUUGUUAUUUUUGGUCAUAAACCAGUGAGAAAUUUAGCUGCAGUGAGUUUCUUUUCUGAAGCGUUUCCACCUUUGGUGAAACCUCUGGCAGAAUAAAAGCACAGCGUUGAGUUCUCCGGUGAAAACAUGGCACACGAGGAGGUCGCAGGUUCAGCGGCUGCUCGGCUCAUUGCAGAUGUGAUGUACAGAGACCGGCUCCGUCGUUUCUCAUCAGGUUUCUGGACUGAAGGGACGAGGGAGGAAGCUCCUUCUGUAGAAUCAUGUACUCUCCUUCUCCUUCUCCUUCUUCUUCUGUGGUGCUAUUUUUCUUUCCUCCCGUCUCGUUGAUUUUCUCCGUGUACCACGUCCGUGUGGAGGCAGCAUUAACGUCACUCGUUUUCAUUUGGUUUCUCCAGGAGCACAUAAACUUUCCGACAGCGUUAGGUGCCUUAAAGAGCGUCCGGACACGUUUAGACCAAACUCCACCGCCUGCUCCUGCUCGGCCCUCAGUCCUGUGCGUUGUUUUAGUGGCGUGGAAGCAACAGACCAAGGGAUCAACAGAGACUCCACGUUAGCGCCUCUUUUCUUGUGUUUUAGCACUGUUCACAUCACCAGCAGCCCGGCCUCCACCCCGGCCUCCACCCCCUCGCUGUAAACUCUUCCAGGUGUAGCGUCUGUGUGCUCUUUGUCCCGUAGACGGCCGUCACGAUUUCCAGUUGAUUCAAAAAGAGAAAAAACAAAAAACACAAAUGUGAAUAGUUUGCGGACGUGUUAGCGUGUUGCGUGGGUAGCGGGGAAACAUGUAAAGAGAAUUAAAAGUGGGCAGUGCAUAUAUUGUCCAAUAUGUAAAUCAUGUGAACACAUCUUGUACUUAUUUAACAGUUUUGAAUACUUGAAGACUAUAUAAAGUUUCUUUGUGACUCUU